AUGUCUACAAAGUCAACGGUCCUUCUUGUAGGCAGUGGGGGAGUUGGUACCAUGGCCGCUUAUAAUCUUGAAGCUGGAGGAUUAGCUACCGUCACUUCGGUGUUGAGAUCAAAUUACGAGGCUGUGAUACAAAAUGGCUUUACUAUCACCUCCUUGGAUCACGGGUUUGUUAAAGGGUGGAAGCCUUCGCAUAUUAUCAAUUCGAUACCCAAUGUUGCCAAAGAAGGUCUCAGAUCUUUCGACUACAUCGUCGUCACCACCAAAAACAUCGCUGAUAUCCAUCCCACUGUCGCCGAAAUCAUCGCUCCAGCAGUAACACCAGGAUACACCACCAUAAUGCUCUUACAGAACGGCUUAAACAUCGAGAAGCCAAUCCUCGCCGCAUUCCCAAUGAAUCCUGUUCUCUCAGGCGUAUCUCUAAUCGGAGCAACAGAGACGCAACCAGGUCACAUCCUCCACGACGACCGCGACCGUCUCAUCGUCGGCGCCUUUGAGAACCGCAACAUCCCUAAAGAAACGAACAUCGCCGCCGCCAAGCGCUUCGUAGAAAUCUACAACGCUUCCGGGAAAGUACAGUGCACGCACGACGAGGACGUCGGGUUUGUGCGCUGGAGGAAGCUAAUUUACAACGCGUGCUAUAACCCUGUAUGCGCGAUCACCGGCAUGGAUACAGCGAGGAUGAGAAUCUAUCAAAGUCCUAUCGAGGAUGUAAUUAGACCGCUUAUGUGGGAGGUUUGGAAUAUUGCAAAGGCGGCGGGACAUCAGCUUCCGGAAGAUAUUGUGCAGAAAAUGAUAGAUUGCGAUCCAGAUGAUACAUAUUUCAAGCCGAGUAUGCAGCAGGACAUUGAAAAGGGGAAUUAUAUCGAGUUUGAGAAUCUUGUGGGAGAACCUCUGAGGGAGGCCGAAAGGUUGGGUAUCCCAGCACCCCAGUUGAAGGUAGUCUAUGGCAUGUGUAGGAUUUUGCAGCUGAGGGUUAUGGAGCAGAAGGGUGUUGUUAAGUUGCCCGUCGAAGGAUGA